GAAGCCAUCGCAGCAUGAUGCGCUAGUACUCGCCGUCCCUCAACAGAGGCUGGGAGUCUAAUAAUUGCAUCUGCAGAAAAUUUCUGUAUAACUUUCAACUGUGUUCUCUGCCUGAAGGGGCCAGCUAGAUCCCGGCAAUUAUGAAGCUCCACAACAACCAUUCAAUGAAGCCCAAUCCUUAAGUUCUAUCCUGAUGAUAUUAUGGCGGAGAUACCGAUGUUUGCUGAUUUGAAGGGGAAUUGGAUGAACAAAAGCUUACCCAAUGACCCGCUGAGCGCGCAGGUCAGGUUUUUUUCUAAAAGAUUAAUUGAACUCAGUCUCCGAGAUGCAUCAAGUUACUGGUAUUCAGGUCUCGCUAGCUGACUCAGGGACGAUGGUAACGUGUUGGGAGUGCCUUUGUUUGGACCCGAAGUUUCAAUAAUAUUCGACAAAGGAAGAUGUUGCUCGUCCUGAUCA